GUCACGAAUACGUACGGAUUCAGACGCACUCUUGGCACUCCGAGAAGCAGCGAAGCAGUACAGAGUAAAUAGAAACGUCGAACGUGCAUUCGAUCGUGCAUUUCGAUCGCGAUCGAUCGCGAGACGUUGCUGUACACCACGAGGAGCAUCGCGGCUACUUUUCCGGAGGCUUAAUCGGACCCCUCCCCCGCCGCGGGACCAACGGAGGAUCCAUUCUCCCUGGACUCGGUUGUCUCCGUUGUUUUGUGACCAGUGACAGAAUUAAGUGUGAUCGUCAUGUCACCGCACACGGGCUACACGCCGGUCAGCGGCAUGGAGUACGAGGAGCCGGUGUCGCGCACCUAUCAGUACCGCAAGGUGAUGAAGCCGAUGCUGGAGCGCAAGCGGCGCGCCCGCAUCAAUCGUUGCCUGGACGAGCUCAAGGACCUGAUGGUGACCGCGCUGCAGGCCGAGGGCGAGAACGUGGCGAAGCUGGAGAAGGCGGACAUCCUCGAGCUGACGGUGCGUCACCUCCACACGCUGCGCGCCGCCAGGAGGCUCACCCUCACGCCGGAGAACAGCUACGCCGAUCGGUUCCGCGACGGCUUCACCCAAUGCGCCCAGGAGGUCUCGACCUUCCUGUCGACGCCGGUCGCCGCGACGGUGCAUCCCGCCGCGGGUGCUCAGCUCAUGCGACACCUCGGCGGUUGCCUGCGACGACUCGAGAGCCCAGCUGGCGUCAAGCACGCGCUGCCGACGGCAACCGCGGCUGCGACCAAGACGGCCCAGGCGCCCACCCCGAGCCAGACCCCGAGCGUGCCCCAGAACGUCUACACGCCUCCGCAGAGCCCUGUCAGUGUCGCGAGCUCCUCCGGGGAGUCCUCGGAGUCUUCCAACGCAGUCUGGAGACCCUGGUGAUGAGGCGGUCGCGGACGACCACGACUACGACGCUAUCCUGAUGAUCUCCGGACGUUUCAAGCAAUUGCGAGGAAUCCGACUACGAGAAGAGCCCGCCCGCUGAAUCGCGCGAGGAGGGAAACGACGAAUCGCUGUCUUCCGAAUGAAACUUUUGCGAAGCCUCGUUGAGGAUUCUCUAAGAACUUUACUUUCUUACGCGGUUUACUCGCUCGCAUUGUACAUAGGUGAUUAAAGCUUUAAGUGACGUCUGUGAUAGGGUUCCAUUUUGUACCUGAGAUGCCUAUUUUCUCGUAAAGCAUAGCGACUAUUAUAUAGAUGUUAACUUGUUAUGUUUAAGAAUCUUUUUCGACGUAAUGCCGUUCGGCGUCUCUGUUGAGCUCGUCAGGCAGUAUCAUCAUCAUCAAUAAACGUCUUGUUUCAAUGAUAAA